AUGGACAAAGAUUGCGACAUGGUAUAUAAGAACAUCUCUGACAUAUAUAAAUCCGAAGAAUUUAAGACCUACGACAACUUUGUUUCGUUAGUUGCAAAAUGUGUUUGGGAAAUAAGAGAUAAAGAUAGUAGGGGUAAGGUAUGGAACGAACAAAUAAAACCCGCUAUGUUCGAGAUGAAGAAAACCAUUGACGCCUUGGUUGUUUUAGCAGGUAAGGUUUCAGAAUAUAACGCAAAAAUGAACCCGCAAUGUUCAAAAUGUAAAGCAGCAAUGAGGAAAUAUAACUACUCCGUCAAAGAGAUAGAACGUAUGCGAAACGACUAUGCAGACUUAAAGAAAGAAGCAGAAAAGCCAGCAGAAGAUAAAAUGGACAUGUUAGCAUUUCUGAACAAAAACUAUCCAACAGCAGAAGAUUUCCUUCUAUCUGAUGUCAAGAAGAAGUAUAAAGAAACUUUCGGUAUCGUUAAAACUUUUGACAUACUGACAGAAGAAAUAGAAGCUACGAAAUUGUUUAGAGUCAUGAACCAUCGCAACAUAUACCAUGUAAAACGCUUGUAA